AUGGGUACGACAAUAAUAAUAAUAAUAAUACUAACUUUUCGUAAUAAAAUUUUUUCAAAAAAUAACAUUAUAUUUCGAAUUUUAGUUUAUGCUGACGAAGAUUCAUUACCAUCCGAAAAAGAAGAUCAAUGUGAUACGUCGCAAGUAAAUAACAAAUACAAAGCAGGAACACAGGUCGAAAACAAAACUGUGAUUUACAAAAGGCAAUUUGGGGUAGAUGAAUCACUACUUCCAACUUCUUCUGACGGUAUAGAAGAAGGAGGAAUGGUUGUGAUUAAAAUAAUGCCUGACGAACAAGGACGUUUUGGGUUUAAUGUUAAGGGAGGAGCGGAUUUGGAUCUGCCGGUGUUGGUGUCACGAGUUGCUCCUAAUACUCCAGCCGAUCGUUGUUACCCCAAACUAAGCGAAGGUGAUCAAGUUGUCUUGGUUAAUGGUAUCGACAUCGCUCAUAUGACACACGAAGAAGUUGUAAACUUAAUACGAAAUGCCCGAGAUAACGAGCCCGGUGAAUUAGUAUUAAUUGUUAAACCUAAUGUCGAGGAACCAGCUUACCAGUAUGUUCCGGAAGUACAAACAAUAUCAAACGGAGCAGAUGCUUUAAGUCAAUCAAUGUUAUUAUUAGAAGACGGUUUAGCCAGUGGAGCCAUACUGGUACAAUUUGAUCAACUUUACAGAAAAAAACCAGGACUUAGUACAAACGAAGCAAAAAAAAGCGAAAACCAAAGUAAAAAUAGAUAUCGUGAUAUAUCGCCAUACGAUAAAACUAGAGUAAUACUUCAAGAUUGCGAAGGAGGUGAUUACAUAAAUGCUAGCUACGUUAACAUGGAAAUUCCAGGUUCUGGAAUUGUCAAUAGGUAUAUUGCCACACAAGGGCCUUUAUCAUCAACGGUAGGACAAUUUUGGCAAAUGGUUUUGGAAGCAGGAACAGGAUUGAUUGUAAUGUUAACACCUCUGUCCGAACGCGGUCGUCCCAAGUGCCAUCAAUACUGGCCAAAUAGUGAAAAUAUUCUUCAGAUAAACCAACUCGAAAUAACUUGCGUGAAAGAAGAAACCGACGAUGGCGGGAGUUUUGUUUUUCGAGAGUUUUUACUUAAAGAUUUAAAGAGGAACGAAGAAAGAGAUAUAUCACACAUGCAGUAUUUAGCUUGGCCGGAUCAUGGCGUCCCUGAUUCACCUUUAGAAUUUUUAUCAUUUACCGAAAGAGUAAGAAGAGCUAGAAUCGGAAUGGUCGAACCAAUAUUGGUGCACUGUUCGGCAGGAAUUGGUAGAACGGGUGUAUUAAUUUUAAUGGAAACCGCUCUUUGUUUAAUGGAAGCCAACGAACCAAUUUACCCUUUAGAUAUAGUGAAAACGAUGAGAGAUCAAAGAGCAAUGAUGAUUCAAACUUCUAGUCAGUAUAAAUUUGUCUGUGAAAGUGUUUUACGGGCUUACGCGGAUAGUAUAUCUGCAAAAGAAGAAGAAAAUCGACAAUGA